AAACCAAUAAAAGAACACUCUUAUUUGUUCCUGAGACGCCGGAAUGAGGGUCAUAAACGCAUCCCUUUGAAGCGGCGCUGAAGAAGCAGCGAGUCUCCACCUCCCGACCCUCAGCCAGUGUUGAUGCGCUGGGGAACAGAGAGGCCUCCCGCACCACGACAGACAUACUCGCUGACAAACUCUGGGCAGCUGAGCAGAGUGUAGCAGCGAGCCCGCGGAGAAUUCGCACGGCUCCCGGUGUCUCUGCAAGUGGUGCUUUAACGAGGACACUUUUGUACAAAGCAAAGGGGGUGGGGCGAGUUUUUAAUCACCCUACAUCACACACAGAAAGUUUCUCAGAAACGUCUCUUGUUUCUUUUGAACAUCCGCACAGUCUUAUCUCAACGAACUCGCGCGGACUUUUAACUGCGCCGCCACUGGAAAGUGAUCAUCGCAGUAAACAAGCUAAAAUUCAGCCUGCGGAAGGGGGCAGAAGGGAAGGGGAAAGUCACAAAUAAGCCAUUCUCUCUUCCUCUUCUUGGGUGCCUGCUAGCUUCACACGCCGAUGCGAACUGAACUUGCUCUUCACGAGUCUGUCUCAAGGCGGUUCAAAGCGGGGCCUUGAUUCGUGAACUGAAUCUGUUGGGUGGAAAGAGUUUCAGCAGAGUUUGCGGUGUGCGUCCGAAGGGAAAUGGUGGCUUUACACCUCCUGAAACCAGUCUUCUAUUACCUGGUGCUGACGCUAUAUUUUCCUGGACUGUAUGAUGCUUCAUCUUUACACUACUCGGAGGAAGUGCUCAACAGACCCAUUGAGAAGAUCCUUGGGAAGUUUAGCAAAGAUUUUCAAUGUCACCAUAUGUUAAAGCACCUGUACAAUGGAGCUAGGAUCACUGUACAAAUGCCACCCCAAGUGGAGAGCCACUGGGUCUCCACAAGCUGUGAGGUAAGGCCUGGCCCUGAAUUCAUUACCAGAUCCUACAGAUUUUACUCCAAUAAUACCUUCAAAGCUUAUCAGUUUAAUUACGGAGACAAUCACUGUACGCAACCGACCUACACACUGGUGAUCAUGGGAAAUCUCCGACUGCGCCAGGCUUCCUGGAUCAUUCGGGGGGCAACCGAAGCAGACUACCAUCUGCACAGGGCCCAGGUCAUCUGCCACAGUAAAGAGAAGGCGGAGGAACUGAGCCAGAGGUUGAACAGGUCGUGCCCGGGUUUCUUGCCAGGACGGAAGACGUGGGAGCCCAACGUGCGGUAUGACCUGGAGGGUGAGGAAGGUGGCUGCGAUUGUUUCCGAGCUCUGAAUUUCGCCAUGCAUGAACUGCAGCUCCUUCGGGUGGAAAAGCAGCACCUCCACCACAAUCCCGAGCAAGUGGUGCAAGAGUUGUUCCUGGGGGACAUCCACACUAACUGGUCGCAGAGGAUGUACAGCCGACCCUCCAGCUAUCAGCCCCCACUGCAGGAUGCUAAGAACCACGACCAUACCUGUGUGGCCUGUCGCAUAAUUUACCGAUCAGAUGAGUUUCACCCUCCUAUCUUACCCCCAAAGGCAGACCUGCCUGUGGGACUACACGGCCACUGGGUGAGUCAGCGUUGUGAGGUGCGGCCUGAGGUGCUCUUUCUCACCCGUCACUUCAUAUUUCAUGACAACAACAACACAUGGGAAGGACAUUAUUAUCAUUUCUCAGACCCCGUGUGCAAGCACCCAACUUUCACCAUCUAUGCCAAAGGCCGAUACAGCCAUGGAAUUCCAUCUACAAAAGUAAUGGGAGGAACAGAAUUUGUGUUCAAAGUGAACCACAUGAAGGUGACUCCAAUGGACGCAGCUACUGCAUCACUCUUGAACGUUUUUAGCGGCAAUGCGUGUGGGGCUGAGGGAUCAUGGCACAUUGGAGUGGAGCAAGACGUUACACACACCAAUGGCUGUGUGGCCCUGGGGAUAGGUCUUCCUCAUACAGAAUACGAACUCUUUAAGAUGGAGCAGGAUACUAAAGGUCGAUACCUGCUCUUCAAUGGACAGAGACCUAGUGAUGGAUCCAGUCCAGACAGACCAGAGAAAAGGGCUACAUCUUAUCAAGCUCCUUUAGUCCAAUGUGCUGUAUCUGUAGAUGGAUUGGAUGGUAGCAAUCAAAGCAAACAGUCCAACAAUGGAUCAGCGAGAUAUCACCAUUCUACAGGUGCUGUAAUAGUACUGUUUAUUUGCAUGGUUAUACACGUCUUCAGCUAAGCACAGUCUGUGGCUUCAAUGGAAAACUCAGAAAAUAGUUUCUUUCUUCAUUCAGACAGUUUAUUUACUUGGCACCCUUCAAUGGCUAAAUACUGUUCCUCUGUUGAAGGUGUCAGUAUGAAUUUUCCACUUUGAACUCCCUCCAGUCAAUUGCAAGCAUGGAACGAGUAGCAUCUACUGCACACAGUAACAGCACUUUAUUACGAUGGAAGAUUUUAUCCAGCUCGCACUGUAAAAAAUGUACAUAGUUUGCCAAGUAACGUAAUCUGCAGCAUUCUCCUCCUGAUGACUGUAUUUUGGGUAACUCUGGAGGGUAAUUUUAAAUAGAAAAUUGAGAAAUUACUUGUAUAUUUAAAAUCAGAAGUUUCAACAUGCAAACUCUAGAGCUGUAAAAACAAAUGAUGGCAAGAAAAAAAGAAACUUGUUAAGUAUGGUAGUUUUGAAAAUACUACUUCUUCAUUUUAUUUUUUCUUAUAAGGAUACGAGUAAAAAUUGUCCAAUUUCUAUAAAAAUAGUAAUGUUUCUGCUCUGGAUGUUGUGUGGCACUUGAUUUCAGUUGCCUUAUUGAAAAUCUAGAAGUAGGUUUGGCAUUAUUUAUAUUCUAAGGCACCAGAUGUUUCUACUAGUGUAUUCUUAACCUCUUGCAUAAUUAAUUUUUUGUACAUGCUUGAUGUAUAUUCUAAAAUCACAUUUUUCAAAAGUGCAUUUGAGCAAUAAGAUUAUAACUAAAUCAUUAUAAUGUGGUUUAAACAUAUUUUGAUUUACACAGUUGUCUGUUUAUUAUUGCCUUAUAUAAAAAGCUUCAAAUUAAAUUGAGGUACUUGACAAUUGUUCUUAAAUGCACACAGUAUCAUGUUGAGAGAAAACACCUGCUUAUUUUAAAAGAUACAUUAUGACCUCAGUAUUAAUCCAAUGAAAUACCAAAUAAUGUAAUGUCAUGAAUUAUUUCAAGUUUUAGAAGCAGCUAGUGGGCUCUUUGUAGGAGUGAAUAAUGUUAAUCUGCAUUGAAUAAAACUGCAAAAUGAAAUCACAGCCCACUUUCUUAACAAAGAGUUUUAAGGUGCUGCCAUAUAAGAAAACAAAAUACAAUGGAUUCCAGUUAAUUCAGACACAUCAGGACCAGUACAUUUUGGCCCAAUU